AUGUCAUUCAGUUUGAACCCUCUGUCGACGCUCAAUUCGGCGUCGACUUUGAAUCUGGCCAACUCCACUAGUGCUGCCACUGGUCAGGAACUUGCCAACGACGUGCUUGUGGCCAAUGGGCCCGAAGACAGUAUAAGUGAUUUGUCGUUUUCUCCUCAGCAAGAGCUUCUCGCCGUGGCCAGCUGGGACAGCAAGGUGAGAAUCUACGAGGUUGAUCCUAACUCGGGUCAGAACCAGGGGAAGGCGUUGUUUGAGCAUGAAGGCCCCGUGUUCAGUGCUCGAUGGUCCUCAGAUGGAACAAAGGUUUGCAGUGGUGCUGCGGAUAAGCAGGUGAAGCUCUUUGACUUGGCUUCUCAGCAGGCCCAGCAGAUUGGUGUUCACGAUGCUCCUGUGAGAGCAGUGAGGUUUGUUCAGUGUGGGCCUACCAACACCGAGGUGGUGGUGAGCGGAUCGUGGGACAAAACGUUGAAAUACUGGGACACAAGGUCUCCCCAGCCGAUUUCCACGAUCAAUUUGCCAGAAAGGGUCUACUGCAUGGACUCUGCUCAAAAGCUUUUGGUUGUCGGAUGUGCUGAUAGACACGUUGCUGCCAUCGACCUCAACAACCCCCAGCAGAUCGCCAAGUCGCUGCAGUCGACGUUGAAGUACCAGACCAGAUGUGUGGCCUGUUACCCUCAAGGCAACGGGUAUGCGAUUGCCUCCAUAGAAGGCAGAUGUGCCAUUCAGUACAUUGAUGAAGCUGAGCAGCAGAAGUCGGGGUUUUCGUUUAGAUGCCACAGGAAGUUCCCCAAUGGGCAGCCAGCCACAACCUCGGCACGGACCGUCAGCAACCAGGAGGUGCAAGUGUACCCUGUGAACUCGAUCUCGUUCCAUCCGAUCUACGGUACGUUUGCCACGGCAGGGUCGGACGGAACCUUCUGUUUCUGGGAUAAGGACGCCAGACAGAGGUUGAAGAAUUUCCCCAAUGUCGACUCCCCCAUCACCGCCACUGCCUUCAACAGAAACGGUACGAUCUUUGCCUACGCCAGGAGUUACGAUUGGUCACAGGGACACCAGAACAACCGUCCGGACCUUCCCAACGAGAUCAAGCUACAUGCCACAAAAGAUGACGAGAUCAAGCAGAAGAAAAGGCGAUGA